GGUCUGCAACCAGAGCAACCAACGCUGGUAUUUCCAUUCUCGCACGGCCAGCCGCUGCAGUUUCAAGUCAACUCGCGACAGUCCACGCCUCCGCCGGGCCAAAGAACACACCAUAAAAUCGCAGCGUGCUUCUGUUAGCGGAGCACGCAUGUGCAUGACUGCACUCACGAAGAUGGCCUUAUCAUGUGAAUCGACUUUUACGGUGGAGAGGAGACCCAUCAGUUGCAAGUUUGUGGAGCUGCAUGUUCUCUAUGUGCCAGACGAGCAGUGGAAUGUGAAGCUGAACAAAGUUCCUGCUGAAGCCUCAGAGAGCUUCAUAUCUGCGGGCUUCAUCAGGGUUUACCCCGAGGUCACCCUGAAAGCUCUGAGAAGUGUGCUUGGGGAGCUCCUGGGUGCAGAGAGGAGCAUAGACAAAUUUUCUUUCUUGAAGUGUGUGGGCCGCAGCUUGGCUCUGGUCAAAAGUAAGCAGGAGAAGGAUCUGAAAGUGAAAACCUUUGCUCCACCAUAUGCUGCCCAGCCAGAGCUUUACCUGCUGCCCACCAUGGAGAAUGAAAGCAGCCUUUCCUCCCAUUCGGCCAGCCCAGACACCGGGAGCAGCUCCCCGGACCCCCCGACCUACUACCCCCACCAGACUUGGAGCUCACCAGCCGAGACGAAAGACCCUGUCAAGUUCCCCCACAUCCCCCAGUCUUCCCAUCAGCUUCUUCCCACCUCCAGCUUUGAGGACGAGGAGGAGGAGGAUGUCGAUGACGGCGACGGCGAGCAGGGUUACAGCUCCUCAGAGGGAGGACACUGCGUGGAGGAGGAUGAUCCCUCUGGCAAUAAGAUUGAGUGGCAGGAGAGUGUGGAGCGCGGCCAGAGAAAGUCCAACACUCAAGCGCCGAAUAAAAGCAGCUUGGCUCAGGUGAAGGAACACCCCAAGGAGGAAGAAGCAACAUGCAGAAAGACGAGGCGACCUCAGCAAGGAAACAAAGUGGCCAAAGAUCCAGGACCUGUGGGGUUGGCGGAGGAUGGAGAUUCAGACAAGCAGUUCGGGAAAUCACGAGAUGUGCACGCAUUUCAGCCUUUCACGAGCAAAACAGCAAGAGGGGUGACAGAAAGCCCGGUUGUUUUAUCUCGGCCCAUUCGGUGCACUUCUCCGCCUCCUGGUCUUGACCUGACCAUGACAACCCACAAACCUGUUGUUUCCACGGUCAUCCCAACUAACAGGGAAGAACUGAUAGAAGAAAUCAAGCUGGUGAAGGAGGAAAGGAAGCAGUUGGAGUGGAAAAGACAAGAACUGCUAAGGAAAGGGAAAGAUUUGUUGGCUCAGAACAGACAUCGCAGGAACCAAGCCCGCGACAGCUGGAAAAAAAAAUAUUUUGAUACCAAGAAAGCCACUGCACCUCUGGAAGAUGCAUUGAGGAAUGUGCGGCAAGAACUGGAGACAUUUUACAACAAACUCCUGCAUCAGAUCCACAACAGAAAUUGCAGAAGCAAGCUGCAAAAGCAAGGAAGGUCCUCUGAAAAGAAUGAGCUCAUCAUUCAGAUCCUGACAGAAAGUCACGACAUCGACAACCUGAAGAGGAAGAUUGAAGACGCCAAGAUGAAGAUGCUGACGGAGAUAAAGCUGAGAAAACAGGCUGCCACUGAACUGAGGGCACUGAAGACAGAACUGGCCCAGAAGAAGACUCAGUCGUGUCAUCGGGCGGCCGUGGCGUCUCUCAGCUUUGUGAGCGCCACGCGUGACAAAGGACAAUUUCAAAACAUUUCCAACUGAAUCCUAAGAACAUGUUUUUUUUUUUAACAUAGUUUUACCUUACGACAGUCUGUAUUGCUCAUUGUGAUGUAAUUUUUUUAGAAAAGCCACAGAUAGGCUGACGAACAGUGCUGGCUUCGUGGUGUUAUAAACAUUAUGAAACAGCCAUUUCAACACAAACAGUGCAUCAACACGUGUAGAGAGACAAUGUAACAAUACAUAUAUUAUUUCUCCUUUGUGAAAAAUGAAAAUUGUGAAAUUUUUUUUCUGUAUAAUUCUGACCGCAGGUGGCCAAGGUGCACACAUCACAAGGACAACAACAUUAAAUAAAAUUGAAGCAUGAAAUCAUGAUCCACAAAUUAUUUAAUUCUUUACAUCCAUUUAAUCAGGUCAUUACUGUAUAUUUUAAAAAAAAAUGUAUCAUUGAGUUUCCUUUUUUGCAGCUUCAGUGCUUUUUUUUGUUAUCGUAGUUAUAUCACCAAUGAUUUGCAAUAUCGCUGAGUUUUGAGGGGAGUAUUAUUACACAUAAACAGUUAUUACAAAACAAUAAGUGUGAGUAUUGGUUUUUUUUAUUGUUUACAAGUACGAUUUUUUUUUUCAAAUGAGGGAUAUCGCCAGUCUCAUCUCAUCUGUUAUUUGCUUUAGUUCAGAUUGUUUCAUUGUUUUGAUUACAACUUUUAUCUUUGUAUGAUAGUUAAAAAAAUGUGAAAUGUUGGUGGUGUAUCAGUUUGGUUUGGAUUAUUUGUGCUUGAAAUAUAUGCCUUUUUACCUCUCUUCUAUGUAAUUAUAACUUCAAAAUUUAAAAAAGACCAUUUCCUCUGUCACUGAUAAUCG